AUUUUCAGAAGAGUUGUGCAAAUUCAAAGAGAAGCACCGAUAUAUAAAUUUUUAGUUUUUAGAUUUUAAAUAAUAUCGAUCUAGACUAGACUAGUAUAAGAUCUAGGUCUAGAUCUAGAUCUACAGAAAAUUUUCAGCACAUGAUUAGAUCUAUUUAACAGCAUUAAAAAAAUAAAAAAAUGGAUAAUCCUCCUGAGAAAGACAUGAAGGACUUUGAAUUUAUUCAGUUAUGUAAGUUUCGAGUUUCAUCUCCUGCUCAAAAUGUGCCAUCACAGCGGUGCAAGUGGCUUGCUUGUUCAUCAACCUAUGGGCUUCUUAUUUAUGGAACUUUUGAUGGAUUCAGUGCUGUAAAGACAGAGCAUUUAAUGGCGAUCGAUGAACAACUUGGCAAGGAAAGGAAUAAAAAGGUUAUAGAUGAUCUUCCAGUGGAAGUGAAAGUUAGCCUCAGCGCAAGAGUUGUCAGUUUGGACAUCAGUGGGGAUGGACUGUACCUGGCCGUUGUGACAGGUGACCAGGGGCAACCUGGUAUACUUUACUAUGAUGUGCGCUCAUUUGCUGAUAAGACAUCAAGCCCUUCUCCAUUUGCUGUCAGCCAAGUGGGCGGAGCUGUAGUGGACAUCUCAUGGAACCCUUCAGUGUCCACGAUGCUGGCCGUGUGUACAUCAGACGGGGCCGUGGAGUUGAUUGAUGUCUCUGACAAACCAAAGAUCAUGGCCAGCCUCCCUGCAUCCACUGGGGCUUCAUGCUUUUCCUGGAGCCCAAAAGGGAAGCAACUCCUUGUAGGCAGAAAAGAUGGCAGCUUGUCCCAGUAUGACCAUGCACUGGUUGAGAAAAAACGUUGGCCUUGUCCUAAUGUCCUCAGCUCCCCUCAUGGUGUGGUGGACGUCCUGUGGCAGUCGACCCAUGUUUUUAUUGCCGCAUACCUCCCACAAGGAUCAACUGACCAACCAACUGUGGUUCUCACCUCUGCUUCUAAAGAUGCAACAGCCCAUAUAAACUUUGAAGACAUUUGUUUUGGUAAUGGGAAUGAAAGACAGCAUCAGUAUUUCUUUCACCAAGUCUUGAAAUGGGAAAUGAUUUUGAUGGCAUCUAGCAAUGCUACAGAGACAACUGUUGUUGGGAAAAAUUUGGAUGACAAGAUCAGUUGGGAGCAUUGGAAUCUGGAGGAGACAUCCAGAGCACAGAUGCCAUUGACAGACCAAUCUAGUGAUUCAUUCCCCAUUGGGCUGGCUGUUGAUUAUUCCCCGUUCAAGCCAAUUACAAUAAGUGUGAGCAAGCAAUUGCCUGCUUGUCCAGUGAUGUAUCUGUUGUCCACCGAUGGCAUGCUCAUUGGGUAUUACCUGUCAUACACGCACAAGGAUGCCACACCCACCACAAUCCCCCCACAGGUUUUAACUGCUGCUGGUGCUAGGAAAGGCGUACCAGGCCUAGUGAAACCAGCACUUCUUCAGACACCUCAGACAACACCUGCAGUUGUCGCGCCACAGGCAACACCUGCGCAGGUGACCCCACAGGCACCACCAGUGCAAGCCACAGCCACCCCCUCCAUUCCUGCUGCUGUCACCCCCCAGAUGACAUCCAUCUUUGGCCUGUCGCAAAAUUCUGGGCUAUUCGGUAAACAAGGAUCACCUGCUGCACCAACUUCCACACCUACAGCCGUACCUGGGUUUUCUACCCUCAACACCAACAACUCGUCCUUUCAGUUUGCUGGGUUGGGCAAUAAGAUCAGUGCUCAGGCAGUGCCUCAAGCGUCCAGCUUUGGCAGUGUACCAUUUUCACUUCCCUUUACCACCAGCACCCCUAGCUCAGACCCAGCCAAACCAGUGCCCCAGCAGGGAAUAUUUGGAUCAGGAUUUCAAGCGGCUGCUCCUGCUGCAGGUGUGGGGGUUGCAGGGUUGACACCCAAGACAACCACCACGCUGUUUGGUGUUAUUCAGACACCUUCAAGUAGUGAAGCUAACCCACUGUCAGGAGUCCCGCAACAAAGUGUUUUUGGAACAAGUUCCUCCACUCCAUCUACUGGAUUGUCUGCCUUCACUACCAGGACGACCCCACUAGGUCAAGGACAGACGGGGCCCUCUCUAUUUACUCCUGCAAGUGGGGCAACACCAACAGUGGUACCUGCUACCAAACCCACUAGCACAGCUGUGUCGACACCUUUAAGUCUACCUAAACCAACAUUAGCACAGGCAGGCAAAACUUUAUUUACUGGUGGGCCAGCAGCUACUGCAAGUCAACCACAACCACAGGCACCUUCAUCAUCCAUUGAGUCCACUGUAGACAGCGCUUUCACUCAGAAUAUUUUUGAAGAGAUCAGUGAGUUUGAGAAAGAGUUGAAAGAACUAAAGACUCGCUGCAGGAAGAACUUUAGCCAAGUUGGGACAGAUAAGGAAAAAGAAAGCCUCAGCAAAGAAACAGAAAAAUUGUACCACUUCUGUCAGGAAAUACAAGAAACCACUAAGGAGCAGUUGCGUGAGGCCCAGGACCAGAAGAGUAUGUGCUUUCAUCUCUUCGCCAUGGUUGAGGAGUGCAAGAUGAAGCAUGAGCGAGACGCAGACCCUCAUUACCACUCGUUAUUACAGAGUCGUGUGUUGGACCCUGCCAGUGCCACAAAAAUGAAGAGCUUACAGCAAAUGGUCCAGACUAUAGAGCACAGCAUUGUUGAGGUGGACAGAGUCCUUGAUGCCAAGUGGCAGGAGCAUGUUGAGAAGAUGAAGAAAGAAGAGAGGCUUCACACCCCCACUGGUGACACCAUCUACAAGUCCAUCAGGAACAACAACAUCCUGAUUGCCAGCCAGAAGCAGCAGCUGAAGAAGGUAGAGGACCAGCUCAGGAGCCUCAAGCUCAAUGCCAAGAUCUCCAAUAGAGAUCUGGAGUCUGUCAGGCUUUUUAAUGGAGACAAGCUGUCCCCUGGAAAGCCAGAAGUGACCCUGACCUCUAGGGUGGCAGAGGGCAUGACCCCUGAAAAAAUUUCUAAGUUGCGGGAUAUUUUAUCCCAAAGAAAAGUGCCAAGAGUCAAGUCUACACCCGCAGGGAACCUGUCGAUGUCAAGAAUUGUGUACCAAACACCAGGCAGAAGCCCAGGCACAACCAGCACCCCAGAGCGGGUGGAGCAGAGGAAACACCCCCUGCAGACGCCAACUGGGCCUCCUGCAUCCCAGCUUACUGCUCCCACAGGAGCCCUCAAGUUUGUAAACAGCCAGCAGAAAACUGAAACUCCCAAACAGGAGACUCACUACAACAAAGGGAGAGCAGCCAUUAUUCCAGGAAGUUCUGCUCAGCAACCGUUCCCAUCUGGCCAGCAACCAUUCCCCUCUGGCCAGCAACCAUUCCCCUCUGGCCAGCAACCAUUCACCACUGGACAGCAUCCUAUAACCUCUUCAAAGCCGCCAAUCAGCUCUGUACCUCAGCCUGGUGCCCCAACUGCCUUCUCUGGAGUCCCCCAUGUUCAGCCAACCAAGACUGUGGUGCCCUCCCCUCUCGCUGCCAGAAUCACACCUGCAUCACCUGCAUCUUCCGUCACAUCUAGCAGCCAGUACACCCCAGGCUCCACGGCCUCCUACGGCCUCAAGCAGCAGCCAGAUGACAAGACCAAAACACCUGCGGCCGCCAACCUGCAGAGUCAGUUGUACGAGGAGGUGACAGAUGAAGACACCAAUGAUGAGGAUGAUUAUGAUGAAGAGGAUAAUGGAUAUGAGGAUGAGGAUGAAGACGAGCCAGGGGGAGCCAGUGACGAGGAGUCUGUUGACUUUCUUCAAAAAACAGCCCCUGAACAAAACAAACCUGCGGUCCUGGGGUCCACAGGAAGUUCAGCUUUUGGCCGGCUGGGUGCUGGUGCUGGGGGUUUCAACUUUAGCACAUCCUCCACCCCUAAAGUAGCCCAGACCACUCAAUCAUUUGCCCCAGUGAAAAGCAACACUGUUGUGUCUGGAGCCUCUAAAGAUUUGUUUGGUGCUAAAUCUUCUCUUGGAGAUAAUGCCAACCCCUUAGAAAAAUCAAACUUAGUUCGUACAUCUAGUAAUGGUUUCACCAUAGACAAAUCAAACAUAGCAGCAAGGAAGGUACUUGUUGAAGAACCAAAAGCUGCUGAAUCUGGGGCAACUGUAUUUGGUCAGAAAUUUGAUAAAAAUCUGGCUUCAGGUUUUAAGUUUGGCGAUGCAGCCCAGUUCCCUGCUCCACCGCAACAGCCAGUGAAUGUCAAGGUGCCGACUUCAAAUCUGUUUGGGUCAAUGGCCACUCCCUCCAGGAAUGUUGGAUUCUCUGACCUAUCUUCCAAAUCAGGGCCUGAUCAAGCUGAUCCUGAUUCAGGCACAACAACUAAAGCUCCCAGCAUCUUUGGUGGGAAAUCUGUCUCAGGAGGAGGUGGGAAGUUCACAUUUGGCAUGGCUCCGUCUAGUACAUCAGAUUUCAGCUUUGCAUCAUCAGCUACAACACCUCCAGUCUCUGGACAAGCAACAACUCCUACAGAAAGUAAGGCAACACCAGAAGGCCAGAGCCAAGCAAGGGCAGGCAGUAGUGAGGCUUCAUCAGCCCAGACUAGCCAGGUGAGCAGCCCCAGUGUAAUGACCACAUCAGCGGUACCACUCACCACCACCACAACAACAUCGGCAGACAGCUCUACCACCCAGACCACAGACAGCCAGAAAGUCUCAAUCUUUGGGCACAAAAAACAUGAUGCCAGCACAACAUCAGCGCCACAGUUGGUUCAGUCUCCAGAUGAUUCAUCUACUGCAGUGUCAACAGGUGUCUCACCAAGCAGCAGUACAUCAGCUGGAGUGGGGAGCCAGAAACCCUCAACUGCUGGACCCACGCAAACAUCUAGCACUAAUGUAUUUGGCACUCCCCAAACAGGUACUAAUACUAGUACUGUGUUUGGUACUCCACAAACAACGACCACCAGUGCUGUGUUUGGUACACCAUUAACAACGACCACCAGUACUGUGUUUGGUACUCCACAAACAACGACCACCGGUACUUUGUUUGGCACUCCCCAAACAGGUACUAAUACAAGUACUGUGUUUGGUACUUCCCAAACCACCAGUAGUACUUUAUUUGGCACACCCCAAACAAGUACCACCGGUUCUGUGUUUGGUACUCCCCAAACAACAACCACCAGUACUUUGUUUGGCACUCCCCAAACAAGCAGUGCUAUGGGUACUGUAUUUGGUACUUCUCAAAGUACUGCCAGUACUGUGUUUGGUGCUUCCCAAACAAGCAGUACCACUAGUACUGUGUUUGGUAAUUCCCAAAGCACCGGCAGUACUUUGUUUGGUACUCCCCAAACAAGUACUACCAGUACUGUGUUUGGUACUUCACAAAGCACAGGCAGUACUUUAUUUGGCACACCCCAAACUAGUACCAGCAGUACUUUAUUUGGCACUCCCCAAACAAGUACUAGUGCUCCCUCUGAUGGCAGUAGUUCUGGUAUAUUUGGCACCACCACCUCAAGUACUGGACUCUUUGGUAAAGAAUCUGAAAGUACCUCAGCUUUUGGCACAGGGACCUCUACAGCAUUUGGUUCUCCUGGCACAUUCAGCUUUGGGCAGGCUGCAACCUCUUCAGCCUCAAAGACUCUGUUUGGACAGCCAGACAAUGCACAGGCAUCGACAUCCAUUUUUGGGAAGCCUGUUAGUUCAGCAAGUAGUACCGGAUCAACAUUAUUUGGACAACCUGCAAGUUCCACUUCAACAUCAAGUUUGUUUGGACAACCUGCAAGUUCAACUGGAUCAUCAGUGUUUGGACAACCUACAAGUUCAACUGGAUCAUCGUUAUUUGGACAACCAAGUUCAACUGGAUCAUCGUUAUUUGGUCAACCAACAAGUUCAACUGGAUCAUCAUUAUUUGGACAACCAACAAGUUCAACUGGAUCAUCAUUAUUUGGACAACCAUCAAGUUCAACUGGAUCAUCAUUAUUUGGACAACCAACAAGUUCAACAGGAUCAUCAUUAUUUGGACAACCAACAAGUUCAACUGGAUCAACAUUAUUUGGACAACAAACAAGUUCAACUGGAUCAACAUUAUUUGGACAACCUGCAACUGCUACAACAACCUCCUCGUUAUUUGGGCAGCCCUCUGUAUUUGGGCAACCAUCUGGAAGCUCAUCUACCUUUGGAUUUGGAGGCCUGGGUGGAAAACCAUCAGAAGAAAAGGCUAAACAGAAUGUCUUUGGGACCCCUCAAGUAUUCGGCAAUGCAUCAACACAGAGUAAUAGUCUCUUUGGAGGUGGCGGCAGCAUAUCAUUUGGUUCUCCUUUCUCUUCUGGCGCUAAUUCCGGGGGUUUUUCUGCCAGCAAUGCUAGUACAGGAGGAUUUUCUGCUGGCGGUGUGGGGGUAGCUGCCACAGGUUUUAACGUCUCCUCUCAGCAAACUACAGGCACACCAUCUGCCUUUGGGUCAGCACCAAGUUUUGGGAGCUCUCCUGUGUUUGGCUCCAAGCCAAGUUUUGGUGCCAGUCCAUCAUUCGGUGCCCCUCCUGCCUUUGGUGCAGCUCCAAGCUUCUCAGGUCUCAACACCGGCUCAUUUGGCAGCUCGGGCUCAAUGAAUACAGGCUUCAGCGGGUUUGCCAGCUCAGCUGCCCCUACAUUUGACCAACUGGCCCAGGCCUCACCCUCCAGUACAAGCUUUGGUGGGGGUGGAUUUGGUUCCCCAGCCAGCCAGCCAUUUGGGGGCAGUGCUCCACUGUUUGGACAGUCUAAUCCCAGUUCUGGAUUUGGUUCUCAGCCACAAGGCUUCAGUACACCAUCAUUUGGAAACAAUCCAGCAUUCAAUUCAUACAGAGGAUAGACCAAACAUUUUCCUACUUCUAGCUUUGAUGUUUAAGUAAUAAAAGUAUUCAGUACCU